GCCGCCUCCCGAUCAGAUCUUGUUCCAAAGCGCUCAGAUUUUCAGAAGGAAGAAAAGCAGCUCUUCGCCGAAGCAUUAACCUGUUUUGCAAGGUUCUUUCCAAGCUAGAUUUCAUGCAGCGUUGCAGACUCUUCAGGGCGGAAUCCAUGCCGCUUUGCAAAGGAAAUGAAGGAGAGGAAUCACAGCUGAUGGGCCAGGUUUGAGACUCCUCCCCACUCCGGCCAGACGCUGUGUUUACCCUUUGCCCAUGCAGUGCUCAUGCUUCCAGGUGCUGGUGGCAGCGCUGGCACUUGUGGCCGGCUUGCAGCUGCUGUAUUUGGCCCUGCUGUCAGGAUUGCAUGGACAGGAUCAACGGUCCCGCUAUGCAGAGCUUUUCCAAGGGCGCCAGUCUUUGCCCAUCGAUGGGCACAAGGAGAGACUCAAGAAGGUGCUGGCCAGCGGCGGCAGCCUGGAUGACAGUGGACAGUACCGCAUCUACCAGGACAUGUUACAUGGUACCUGGGAUGGUGAGCGCAGCCAGGAUGUGGUGCUGGUCACCCACACCAGUCUCAGCAACUUGCAUCACACUCAGCAACUGGUGGAACGCUGGAGAGGCCCGCUUUCAGUGGCCCUCUUUGCUCCAGGCUUCACUGAAGUCCGCCUGGCCACAGUGAUGGUGUAUGCGCUAGCAGCCCUAUGUGCACCUGUCCGUCAGCUGGUUCGCCUCCACCUGGUGUGCCACGCCAAUCAAGUGGCUGCCUUCCCCGAACUGGAGGAUCAUGAUGAAUUUGCCCAGCUCCAAGCCUGUGAAGAUGUCUUUGCCAAGCUGGCACAGGUCGGGGCUGGGCGGCGUAAUUAUGCCAUGGAUGUUGCUAAUGCUUCCUAUCCCAACAACUUGCUUCGCAACGUAGCACGGAGGGCUGUCGGUGGGCACUGGAUGCUGGUGGUGGACGUGGACAUGGUGCCCAGUGAGGGGCUACGGGAAGCCUUUCUGGCAUUACCCAGAGUCGCUUAUGAGGGGAUGCUAGAAGUCCUCGUUGUGCCCGCUUUUGAAAUCCGCCAUACUCGCCGCAUCCCUGGCAGCAAAAUGGAACUGCUGCAGCUGUACCAAGUUGGUGAGAUCCGACCUUUCUAUGAAGAGCUGUGCCCCAGAUGCCAGGCACCCACCAACUACUCCCACUGGCUAAAUCUUCCAGUGAGUAGCCCCCUGCGAGUGGCCUAUGAGGUCGAGUGGAGGGACCCAUGGGAACCCUUCUACAUUGGUUCUAGUUCUGUACCAUCCUAUGAUGAACGCUUCAAGCAGUAUGGCUUCAACCGCAUCAGUCAGGCUUGUGAGCUCCAUGUGGCCGGGUACCGUUUCUUGGUGCUAAGCAACGCAUUUCUGGUGCACAAGGGCUUCAAGGUGGCCAGUGAGUUCCAUGCACAAAAGGAUGCUGAAAACCAGCGCAACAAGGUGCUCUUUCGACAAUUCAAGCAGGAACUCAAGAUCAGAUAUUCCACCUCGUCAAGACGGUGUUGACUUUGAGUGUCGGGGGGCGACACUGAUAAAUCUAUUUUGGACUGUGGGAGGGGGGAGAGAAUGUAACACUGCACACUGCCUCGACAGAAAUGUCCAACUCAGGACGCUGAUGCUGACUUUCAGUAUUUAUCUGCAGAAUCACUCCCGUGCCAGUUGGAGGGAGAAGGCCCAGGUGCCAGCCUAUCCACUCUCUCCAGUGAAGUUUGUUGCUGCUUGAAUGUAUUAUCAGUGCUUUAUUUUGGGGAAUCUGUGUUUGCACACUUACGCACACCCUGACCCUUCCAUUCUUAAGGAUCUUGGUUUCUGUCAGGUAGGAAAAUAUCCCAGCUGACUUUUUGAAUGGUCUGUUAACAGAUCCGUUAUGCUGACUUUGCAUUACAAGAGUCAAUCAGAAUUGAACUCAGACAGACCAGUCCUAUUCAGUAACUCCCGUCUAAACCUGUUGAAACCAAUCAGCUUAGACUGAUGUUGGCUCUGCAUAGAAUUGUAUUGGGAAUGAACCCCAGACAAGACUAAGGUUGGUUCACCUCCUAAUGAGUUCACUUCUGGGAUGAACUGUAGGACUGUUACUGGUGAGUGGUCGCUGUUUACACAGAGAAACACAUUUACUCGUGAAAUAACAAACACAGGAUUCUAACUAGUCCACACUGGAAUUCCUAGUUCCUUAGGAUAACAAGCCUUGGGAUGAGAAAUCUGUGCUAACAAUCUCUGGAACUUGAUUGUGAGGAUAAACACCAGGCCCCGCCCUUUCCAUUUGAUAGCUUUUACAAACAUUUGAUGCUUAUUUUUUUACCUGUUUAUUUUUCCCUGGUUGGCCUCCUUUAUACAAGGCAUUUUUUUCCCUGUGGAAUGAGUUCUGACGUUUUAUGGCAGUGGUUCUCAACCUGGGGGUCGGGAUCCCUUUGGGAGUCAAACGACCCUUUCACAGGGGUCGCCUAAAACUCUCUGCAUCAGUGUUCUCCAUCUGUAAAAUGGAUAAAUGUUAGGGUUGGGGGUCGCCACAACAUGAGGAGCUGUAUUAAAGGGUCGCGGCAUUAGGAAGGUUGAGAACCACUGCUUUAUGAUGCUUGUGGGGCAGACCAUAGGGAUUUGAGUCAAAAUGCUGAAGAGUGAGCUGUGCUGACUUGGAGUGGAGAAACUGAAAAAGAAUUCAAGAUUGUUGUUGUUUUUUGUUCCUGACUUUUACUUUUCAAGUUGACAGCUUCUUUUUCUGUAUAACGGGAGUAAAUACACUAAUGUACUUCCGGAAGUGGGGAGAGGAUAAUUUGUUUCCACUAAAAACUGCAAUUUGCAAACAAAUUAAACAGAAUCACUUGGAUUUAAAA